AUGUCUUUCAGCCUCGCGACUUCCUGCUCGAGGGUGGCAGCCCGCCAGCUCCUCACAACCUCGAGAGCGUUUUCGACUUCGGCUGCUACUCUGGAGCAAGUCCCCCCAGAGUCCCCAUCCUAUAUCCGUCUACCUACACCACCCCAGUCCGACGAAAAGAAGCUCCCUCGUGUAAGAGGUCACCUUCCUGUGCCUCGAGAAAUCUUUCCCCGCCCCGAGGGCAACCGCAAGGUUAAAGCCGACUACAUCAAACAGACCGUUCCCAAGCCAGCCCACAAGCAAAGUCCCAAGAACGAAAGUCAAGUAUGGAAGCAAAAGAUGGCCGAUUCCCGCCGACAGAAUCUCGAGACGGGUCUAAAGGAGCUUUGGGUGCGACGAAACCGUCGUGAUGCCGCUCAGAACGAGCGUGUAAGUCGCAAGUUUAAGGACCAUCACGAGGCCGUCAAGGCACCCGAGCGAGCGGAUGAUUGGGUCACCAGGAGCACCAUAAUGUCAAAUGUUUUCGACACCAAGACCCAUCCUGACGGCAAUCGCUUCAACGAAGCAAAGAUGAGACGUGCCAAAAACCAAGGAAUUAUAUCAAGAAAGCGCGAGUCUCGCCGAGAUGCAUUGAUGGAACUAUAUAUCAAUGCAUCCAACUUCAUUGUCAGCGAGAAAGAACUGAAAGCUGAGAUCGACACUAUUUUCGCCGAGGACUUUUUCCACAAGCAAGGAUUCGAUGCCGGUAAAUAUGGCGCAGCCGAGAACACCUGGGAUGUUUGGGGCAAGCCAACAUCUAUCAGCGAUAUGUUGGAGAGCACAACUGGAGUCUCUACAAAGAUCAUGGACUUUUAUGAGACCGAGUACGAUCGCUCUGUGAAGCGACAGAAGAGAAUUGCUGAGGAGUUUACCGGUGGAAAGAUGGAGUAA